GACAUUUUCGUAUUGAAAACUUAGUCAAAAAGUCAUAGUUUUCCGUAGUUUUGUAAAUCUGUAAAAAUUGUGUUCAUGUUUCUUGUGGUUAGGAGCUUUGCACUAACCCAUUCAGGGACCCGGAGUCACUUUGGCUUUAAUUAUGACAAGCAAGGAAGAGAUUGGAAUGUUAAGGGAGGUCGAAGGCAAUCGCCCAUUGCGCUGUGCACCUUUAAUAGCACUACGUGUAAUGUUCCCAAACUCAAGAUGAUUAACUAUGACCAAUCCUUGGGGGAUCCCCUGGCAGUGAUCAAUAAUGGACUGACUGUGCUCCUAAGGAUACCAAAGACUGUUGGGGGUAGGCAGCCCGCUUUGAGCAUAAGCAGUGAGGGCGGGCAUGUCUUUGAGGCCCAACAACUGCAUUUUCAUUGGGGCUCCGAGCUGACCAAAGGAUCCGAGCACUAUUUGGAUGAUCAAUUUUACGACGGAGAGCUUCAUAUAGUUCACAAGAAUUCCAGCUACAAAACCAAUCAGGAAGCUGCUCUGCAUCGCAAUGGCUUCGUUGUCUUGGCUGUCCUCCUUAGGCUCUCGGAGGAUCCCCUAACUGAAUCUCCGGCAAUGAAUGAGAUCUGCAAGCAAGUCGGAGAGAUUUCUGAUCUAAACGGCAUCCAAUCCCUUCAAGAGGAGAUGGCCCUGGGAGACCUCUUCGUUAGCAUAGACCCCCAUAGAUAUUUGACUUACCAAGGUUCCCUUACCACUCCACCCUGUGCUGAGGCAGUACUCUGGUUCGUUUUUCUGACCCCUGUCGAUGUGCCACAGGAAUACUGGCAGAACUUCUGGCAGCUGAGGGACUCUUGUGGCAAGCGUGUUCUUAAUACUUAUCGGCAUCUACAAGAUGAUUGUGAAAGACCCGUUUACCUAAGUAAAGGCAAUAACUGAGACAUUUAAUUUGCCUUUCCAAUAAUAAUGGCAUGUAAAGUUUAGUCAUAAAACCAAAAAAUUGUGAUGUACCGAUGUAAAAUAAAAAUUGUGAA